AUGGACACCCCGACACUGGACGAGGCGAUGACCGAUUCGCGUUUCGACGGCCUCUUCACGACCGUGGCGCAGCAGGCUGGCGGAAUCGACGGCCUGUUCGGCUACUUCUUCGGCUUCCUUCAGCGGAAGACGGAUUUCUUCUCGGCAGGAAAAACCAACUGCCGAGAGGUUAUGGACAAAGUGUUUGAAGAGGGAUGGCGACGAUCCGAGGAGAGGAAGGAGUUGGAGCGGAAGCGACAGCGCGAGGCUGAGCAGGCAAGGAAGAAGCAGGAGGAAGAGAAGCGCGUAGCCGCGGCUGCGGCCUCCAGCCGACCCGCUAGGGUGAACAAGAUCGAGGAACUCACAGAGGAAGAAGAGCGAGCCUUCAACCCAGACUAUAAGCCGCCGGCAUCAGCCUCGCAGCAGGCGACCUCCGCGACGGCUUCAGAAGUUCCUAAGACGCAGAAGAAAGAAGACGCAGACGGAAGUCGAGACGAAGACGACGAAGACAACGGGCCGCCUCCCGAGGGGAACGGCGGCAAGACAGAAAAAUACACCUGGACGCAGACCCUGGGCACCGUCGACGUUUACAUUCCUGUCCAGGAAGGAACGAAAGCGUCUAACUGGGAUGUGAAGAUCGGCGCAGGGACGCUGAAGGUUGGCCUGAAGGGACAGACACCUCUCGUCGACGGAAAACUCCACAUGAAGGUGAAACCGGACGACUGCAUGUGGACUCUGGAGGACAAGAAAGUCAUCCACCUGAAUCUGGAGAAAGUCGACAACAUGCGCUGGUGGUCCUGCGUCGUUCAAGGAGACCCAGAAAUCGACACAAAAAAAAUUGUCCCUGAGAACUCGAAGCUCAGCGACUUGGACGCCGAGACGAGGUCGACGGUGGAGAAGAUGAUGUACGACCAGCGGCAGAAGGCGGCAGGGUUGCCGACGAGCGACCAGCAGAAGCAGGCCGAGUUGCUCGAGAAAUUCAAGAAGGCACACCCGGAAAUGGAUUUCUCCAAAGCAAACAUCAACUGGGGAAACUCUGGGUGGGGCAGCGGCUUGCCCAUGUAG